AAAAGUAUUAUUGUUGUACAGUGUGACAAAAAUAACGUUAGAUUUAUGUGCGCAUGCCCAGUAGCAAGAGCUGUAUUCUUUCUAGCCAACACCUAGCUACGAGGUCACGCGGUGACGUAUCGAUCUGCUAUUGGUCACACGGUUUCACGUGAUACGAAUUGGCAGGUCAGAGUUCACGAAGCUUUAACUGUGCAAUGCAGCGAAACGCCAAACUUUUGCACGCGUUUGCUUUUCUGAAUGGAAGUCAAUGGGACGAAAAGUGGUAUCGACUGGGAGAAUCUCCUCUCCACCGCACGCUACACGAUGAUUAUAGAGAAGAGAAGAAAUACGCCCGAAUCAACGCUGCAAACGAGCGAUUAAGCGAUGCGGCUACUACCAUGAGUACACAAAGCCAUGUGCGAUGAGUGUCUACUAGAGGCCAGCAACUCACGGAUUCGCGGAUUUGAUGGAAGAAGAAGAGUCCGCCGCUCCUGUCUUGUGCUGUUUGAACUCUCAAUCUGGCGGCACCCAUUCACUGCAGAGGAUCCAUUGGAGGGCAAGUGAUAUAAUGCUAAAUUUCUACAAAUCUGUUGUGUUGAAGAGACAAGCUCAUCUACAAUCUGGACAGCUUGCAAGGUGGAAGAUGAGUGGUAUGCGCAGCUACAACCCUGAGCAGAUCAUGCUAAGCGCUGUAGUACGUCGGCCGAGUCGUGUGACGUCAACCUCAUGA